AUGGCUGAACAUUGUGACAAUUUUUACUAUUUAAAUGAUAUCAUCAAUAUUCGAAUGGAAAAAAUGAAUCAAGUAUUAACAGCUCAUUUAAUGGAUUUAUUGAUACAACCAAUUUACGCGGAUAGUUUAGUAAAAAAGAAAUUCUUACCUUCAAAACAGAGAGUAAGAAUUGAUUCAGUAAUAGCACUCGCUCUACUUUGUCAUGUAUUACACAUAUUUCGACAUACUCCAUUAGUCACGUCAAUGGUCGUAAUGUUAUUUUCAAAUUCUACGAGUAUGAUGGAUUAUUCAAGUUCACCACCUACCAGAUUUGAAUAUUCGAAUUCAUGGUUUAGAAGAAAUUUAUAUCGAGAAGCAAUUAUGGGAUUUCUUAAACCCGAAAAAUCAAAAAAUCAAUAUUAUUAUGAUUUAAAUACUCUACCCGCACUUUGUUUAUUAUAUAUGUCAUGUCGUAAUAAUGCCAUAACACCCGAUGUUUUAAUUGCUACGGAUGUGUAUCCGCAAAAGUUAUUUAAGAAACGUCGAUUAAUGGAUUCAUUGACAAGUGAUUAUUCGGAUGAUGAUUCAUUUUCAUUUUAUACAUCAUCAUCAAUGGCGUCAACAGCAACUUCAAUAUAUGGAAGAAGAGAAUCAGGAGGAUCAUUAUCUAUCCCUAUACCCACUAUAAAAAUAUCUAGUGAAAAUAAUGUUAAUAAUUAUGGAUCUCAACAUACUCGUAAUUAUCGUGGUGAAUUGGUUCAAAUGAUUUUAACAUUAUUAUGUGAAUAUUAUCCUUAUUGUCGAACAAUAACACUUCAGAUGGCCACAGAAGUUUUAUUAGAAUUAUUGCAUUAUAAUGGUUCAGAGGAUUGUUUGACGACAGAACAAAUUGAAAUGAUGAUUAAGACUGAAAAGAUUUUACAAGAUCGAAUAAAAAAAUAUAAAGAAUUUCCAUUGGAAACAUUUUCUGGUGACAAAUAUGUUAAACUUAUUAAAUGCGUGAAAGCAUUAUAUCUUAUUCGUAAAUCCCGGACGUUAUUAUCAAGGAAAACACCUGACUCACCUGGUUCAUCCGAUUCAUCCAAUUCAUCCAAUUCACUUGAUAUACCUGAUAUAAUACCUGACGUUGAUACUGACAUAGGGCAAGAAUUAUCUUAUCAAAAAUGUAAUGAUAAUGAUCCAAAACUCAGGAAACCCAUGAAAUCUAUGAAAUCGAUGUUUGAAGAGGUCAAAAAGUUUGAACGACAGCAACAGCAAAUGCAAAAUAAGAAAAAUAUUAAUAUUCAAACUCCGGAUGAUGAAAUAAAUAACAUUGAAAAAAGGAAGAAAGUAGUUUUGGAUGCACUUGGAAUGCAAUGA